GUUAUUUUCUUUGCUGAAUCUUGCCUCUCUACACGCCAUCAACAUCCACUUUUUGACAUCUCGAUCACAACCGUCGCUAUGGUAUUGGCGAAGAGCAAGCAGUCGGUCGGUCUGGGCAAUGCCCUCAUGAACGACCGAUUCAAGAACAAGAAUUCGAACCAGCACAAGGCCGGCGUCGGAGGCAUCCAGAGAAAGAACGAGCUUGGAGAGACAUAUAUCACAAACAACAAGCAGGCCGCUGCCUACGAGAAGAUGCGCUCCAUCACCGAGCAGGGCGAUCUGGACGAGUUCCUGUCUACCGCCGAGCUGGCAGGCACCGACUUCACCGCCGAGAAGAUGAACAACGUCAAGAUCAUUCACAAGGACCAGAAGAACCCCUACCUCCUGUCCUCGACCGAGGAGCGCAACGUCGUCAAGAAGCACAACAAGAACAGAAGUCGUCUUACCGUCCCCCGUCGCCCGAAGUGGGACUCCACAACCACAAAGGAGGAGCUGAACACACGCGAAAGAGAGGCUAUGAUCGAAUGGCGCAGAGACCUUGCCGAGCUGCAGGAGAACCAGGAUCUGCUCCUGACCCCGUUCGAGCGCAAUCUGGAAGUCUGGAGACAGCUGUGGCGUGUCAUUGAGCGUUCCGACCUGGUUGUGCAGAUUGUCGACGCCAGAAACCCCCUCAUGUUCCGCAGUGAGGACAUGGAGUCUUACGUCAAGGAGGUCGACCCGAAGAAGCGCAACUUGCUGCUCGUCAACAAGUCAGAUAUGAUGACUCUGGAGCAGCGCCAACAAUGGGCAAAGUACUUUAUCGACAACAACAUCAACUUCCGUUUCUUCUCCGCCGAGCUUGCUCGUGAAAUGAACGACGCCAAGGCCGAAGAGGAGGAGCUGUCAGCCGAAGAUGAUGAGGACGACGAGGAAGAUGAAGAAGAGGACGAGAGCGAAGACGAGGUUGCCGAGGCUCUGGAAGGAGACGAGAAUGCUUUGGAGCAGGAAGUCAAGAAGCUCGAUAUCCAGGACGCACAAGAGGAGGACGCAAAGUGGGUCGACGAAGAGACAAUUGACGACAAACACGCCGAGCCUGUGUCCGACGUCAUUCCCAUGUCGCUCGAAGAGGCCACACGUAUCCUGACGACUGAAGACUUGGAGGCUCUCUUCCUGGAACACGCUCCCAAGAUGGCCGCCGCUACCGAGGACAAGCCCGCUCGCAAGGUACAGAUUGGUCUCGUCGGUUACCCCAACGUCGGUAAGUCGUCGACUAUCAACGCCCUGCUCGGCGCAAAGAAGGUGUCUGUCUCUGCCACGCCCGGUAAGACAAAGCACUUCCAGACCAUCCAUUACUCGGAGCAAGUCGUCCUUUGCGAUUGUCCUGGUCUCGUUUUCCCCAACUUCGCUUUCACGAAAGCCGAACUCACAUGUAACGGUGUCUUGCCCAUCGAUCAGAUGCGUGAAUUCACCGGUCCCGCAACUCUUGUUGCCACCCGUAUCCCCAAGCCUUUCCUCGAGGCUGUCUAUGGUAUUCAAAUCAACAUUCGCUCCCGCGAAGAAGGUGGUACUGGCACACCCACUGGUGAGGAGCUUCUCCGCGCAUAUGCCGCCGCUCGUGGUUUCUUCACCCAAGGUCUUGGUCAGCCCGACGAGAGCAGAGCUGCUAGAUUGGUGCUCAAGGAUUACGUCAAGGGUAAACUGCUAUUCGUUCACCCUCCUCCCGCAGAGCCACCGAUCGACCACAAGCACUUCAAUCGCGAACUCUACGACUACAACCACCUUCCCCAAAAGCGACGAGCCCAACUCGCAGUUCUGCACUCGGCCGCAAUGCACCCUGAGCAGCAAACUGGUGAUGAACCUUCACUUAUGGAGAACGAUGAGCUUGACAUGGUCCCUAUGAGCGGAGCAAAGACACAACGCAUGGACAAGCAGUUCUUUGCACCCGGACAGGGUAGAGGAGAGCAAAACAUGCCCUUCCACCACAAGUACACAGAGCAAGGACAAAAGAAGGUGGAAAACACAGGUGGCAGAAUGUUGACAGGACGCAAAGCUAAAAUCCUGCUCGCUCUGGAGAAAGACAUGGACCCGGAUGAUGUGAAGAUGAUGACGUCGAGCAAGAAGCACUUCAAGGCUAACAAGAGAGCGCAAAAGAAGGUCAGAAGCGAGUACAACGAUUAAGAGGAUCCAUGGUACGGUUUGCGCAUUUCUUUUUCAUUCUGGUUCAUGGCAUGCUGGGGCGCUUUUUCCAUGGAUAUCCCUGAGUUGAUUAUCUUAUUCUUUCUUCCGUAGUCGAAAUGGUCACGAACAACAACAUGCAUUGCAUUUCUCAUCGAGCUUUGAUGCGAUUGAAGGUGGAGGGUGGAGCGUCGUUCUACCAAGUGGACGAUUUGCCAUGCGUACCUAUUGCUUGCUCCGAAUAAAACAUUAGGAACAAAGCAAUGAC